AUGCUGAAGGCGGACCUCCUUCGUUGCUCUGUGGCUGAACUGAAGGACUGCCUGCUUUGCUUUAUCAGGGAGGUGAAACAAUCGGAUGGAGAGCCGUACUCCCCCGGCAGGCUGUUCUACCUCUGCCUCAGCAUUCAGCUGUUUCUGUUUCAGAACGGUCGGCUGGAGAACAUAUUCAGUGAUCUCAUCUACGACAGGUUUUCCACUGAGUUGACCAGGAUCCUUAAACCUUCAGUCACAUGUGGAGGUUGUGUCCUGUCCUGUGUGGAGGAGCAGUUUCUGUGGGACUGUAAACAGCUGGGGGCGUACUCCCCCACUGUCCUGCUCAACACGCUGCUCUUCUUCUUCUGCAAGUACUUUGGCUUCACCACAGUCGAGCAGCACCGCCGGCUGUCCUUUGCAAACAUCACAUUCUGCACCAAAACCAGCAAGAGCAACACCAAGACCACCUUCUUACGCUUCCACCCACCUACUUGUACAAACCACGAAGAGUCAGACACGUAUGACGUCCCAGCUAAGAAGGUUAAGAAAAACGAGUCUGAGGAGGAUUUCCUGGAGAUGAUGGAGAACCAGGAGAACCCCCUUCGUUGUCCAGUCAGACUCUACGAGUUCUACCUCUCCAAGUGUCCAGCAUCGCUGAGGCAGCGCAGCGAUCUUUUCUACCUCCAGCCAGAUCGGAGCUGCCUUCCCAGCAGCCCUCUGUGGUUCUCGCCCGCCCCGCUCAAUGACAGCAGCGUGGAAGCCACGAUCAUCCGAAUCCUUGCUGUCCGAGGGCUGCAGGGGGGUAGAGACAGGGUACAUGUAUGA